GAUGGUUGGAAUGCUUUUAUGAUGGCUUGUCAAAUUGGUCACAUUCAAAUAGUUGAACUGUUGCUGAAGGAACAAGUUGAUCCUAAUGUUCAAAAAAAUGAUGGUCGGAAUGCUUUAAUGCUGGCGUGUCUAAAUGGUCACACUCAAAUACUUGAACUGUUGCUGAGGAAACAAGUUAUUAAUGAUCUUAAUAUUUCAAACAAGGAUGGCCUUACUUAUUUAAUGAUUACCUGUUUCAAAGAAACAGAUAAUUCUAAAAUAGUUCAAUUAUUAUUAGAAGCUGGUGCUGAUCCUAAUAUACAAGUUCGAUCAUUAAGUAUUCCCUUUCUAAAUGGAUUCACUGCACUAAUGAUGGCUAGUGGUCAUGGUCACAUCCAAACAAUUGAAUUAUUAUUAGAAGCUGGUGCUGAUCCUAAUAUACAAGUUCAAUCAUUAAGUAUUCCCUUUCUAAAUGGAUUUACUGCACUAAUAAUGGCUAGUGGUCAUGGUCACAUGCAAGCAGUUCGAUUAUUAUUGAAAGCUGGUGCUGAUCCUAAUAAGGCUACAGCAACAGCUGUGACACUAGCACAAUAUGAAAUAGUUGAUGAACUGAUAAAAGCUGGUGUCAGUACUAAUAUUAGCAGUUUUAAUCCUAUUAUUAACACAACUAUUAACUGCACUGUAACUCAAUGCUGUGUCAUGGCGAUAGCAAUGAAAAACACUCCUGUCAUUAAAAUGAAUGAAAUGAUGCAAGACUUAGUACAAACCAUAAAAUUGCAAGAUAGUGCUGUUGGCUCUGUCAUGGACAUGGGUUUACAACAAAUGAGAGCACUAGAUGAAACAAAACAAAUUAAAACACUCCAGCUCUUACUAGAAGUUACACCACAACCUGAAGAUGAUCCUUAUAGUUUAAUAGCAGCAGCUCAAGCAGGUUGUACACCAGCAGUUGAACUGUUACUAAAAGCUGGAUAUGAUCCAUUAGCUCUUUGUUCUUCAAGCAAACUUUGCAAUGAUAUAUUAAAGAGUACUCCUGUUAGACCUACUGGUGAUUGUAACACAUUUACAAUAGCAUGUCAACAGGAACAUAUUGAAAUAGUUAAAUUAAUGCUACAAAGACCAGUUGAUCUCAAUGCUACACAAGAUAAUGUCCUCACACCUUUAAUGGCAGCAUGUACUGCAAAAGAAGAUAAUUUAGAAAUAGUUCGAUUACUAUUGAAAGCUGGUGCUGAUCCUAAUGUUAAAUUUCAAUCAUCAGAGAAAUCACGGAGGAGCGGGGACACUGCAUUGACAAUGGCUAUAGUUUGUAAUAAAACAAAGGAACUGAUUCAAUUAUUAUUAGAAAAAGGUGCAGAUCUAAAUGUACAAUCAGAAUCAGACAAUCCAUUGUUGAAUGGAUGGGCUCCAUUAAUGGUUGCCAGUAGUCAUGAUAAUUUAGAAAUAGUUCAGUUACUGUUAAAAGCUGGUGCUGAUCCUAAUAUUAAAAGUAAAAAUGGAAGUACAGCCUUAGCAUGUGCAGUGUGUUCAGGUCAAAAAACAAUUGUACAAGAAUUGCUGAAAUUUGGUGAUGCUACUACUAAUAGUAUCAGGAUUGAGUUAAAUGAGGCUGGGGCAUCACUUGAAAUGUCAAUAAUUCAUUUGUGUGUAAGCAAAUUAAUGCAGGAAAGCCAAUUUUCUAACUAUAAAGAUUCACAGCCUACAUUAACAAAUUUUUUUGCAAGUAAACUUGAAAUUACGACUGAUCAGUUUGUUGAAAGAGUGAAGGAAUUUAUUUCAAAAACUACUUUAGAUGAUAUAAUCGAGAUACUCCACCUGCUACUAGAGGCUACUCCACAACCUGAGGAUGAUCCUGCCAGUCUAAUAAUGGCAUCUACCAUUGGUAAUGUACAAGCAGUAGAUUUGUUACUUAAAGCUGGUUAUAAUCCUAAGGCACCUUUAUCAUCAAGCAAAUAUUUUCUAGCAAUACUUUCAAUUAUUAUGGAACAUGCACCUCUACCAAAAGAAAUGUUAGAAAUCUCUUGCCCAUCAUUAGUUGUUGCAUGCAUUGAAGGGCAUUUAGAAGUAGUUAAGUCACUAUUGAAAGAGAUUAAUGAUCCAAACCAUCAACAAGAAACUGGAGAAACUUUCUUAAUGUUAGCAUGUGAAUGUGGUCACAAGGAUAUUGUACUAACACUACUAGAGAAUGGAGCAGAUCCUAAUAUUUGUGAUAAUGAUGGAGACAAUGCACUACAUUGUGUAUUAUAUUUUAGCAGUAGUGAGGAUAAUAAUAUAGAUAAUAUCAUACAAACACUGCUGUCAUGGAAUAUAAAUGUUAAUGCACAGAAUAAUAAUGGAGUUACUCCAUUAAUGAUUGCCAGUGCCAAAGGAUAUACUGUAGUAUUGUUAUUGCUAUUAGAUAAAGCUGAUCUUAGUAUCAGUGACAGUAAAGGUAGGACUGCACUGAUGCAUGCUAGUUCUAAUGGGCAGAGUGAAGCAGUUGAACAUCUACUAAUGAUAUAUAUUGCUGAUCCAUCAGUUACUGAUAGUUAUGGAUCAACUGCUCUCUGUCAUGCUGCAUAUGGUGGAUAUGCUGAAGCAAUUAAUGUACUUUUUAACAAUUAUAAUCCUAAUCAAGAAGAAAUAGAGAAGGCAUUUACUGCAGCUUGUUAUGGUGGACAUAAGGACACGAUUGAGUUUCUAGCAGACAAAAUAAACCUCACAAAACAUCAAAGUAACUUACUGACUGCUUGUAUGUCUGAUGAUGUGGAAUUUUUGAACAAUCAAACAACAAGUGACCUAUGUACACCAUUGAUAGAAUCUACUGGUCUAACUCCUCUUAUGAUAGCUGCUUCCUGUGGCAGUGAUGGAGUAGUACGAGCAUUACUACUGGUAUAUGGAGCUGAUGUUAACCAACAAGAUAAUUAUUUAAAGCAUUCUCCUCUGAUGUAUGCAAUAUCUGGUAGUAGGUCUAUUUCUAUUGCUCAGCAUUUAUUAGACAGUGGUGCUAAUGUCAAUGCUAUUAGUAAAGAUGAGAAGACACCAUUGGGUAUCGCAAGAGACAAAGAAUUAAAUGAAAUUGCUCAAAUAUUAGAAAAUUAUGGUGGGGUAAUAUAUCCUUCAGUCACAGUUGAAAAGGUUGAACAAUUAAGUACAAGGCAAAAAGCUGAACUUCUACUAGGAUUGUUAAUGACAUUCUCUCAAUUGCAUACACUUCCUACUACUGCCAGUAUGAGAGAAUCAUUCCAGGUACCAUCAUUUACAAGUGUACCAAUCCUCUCUACCAUAAUGGUAUAGUGCUACAUUCCACAAUACACAUCUUGCUCCUUCUCUCUCAAAUUUGUGUUUUCCUGUUCUUAUUCUUCCUUUUAAUCUCCUCUCCCUCUCUCCAUUAACAUUGCUACAUAUAUAGUUAGUUUAAAGAUGAUAUUUUGCUGUAUGCUUUAAAGAGUGUUAUAAAUUUGUCACACUUUAUUUCUAUUAGCAUUUUCCUUAGUUUUUUUUUUAUUAGUA